GUCCGCCCCGCCGCGGGAGCAGGUAGGCGCCCCGGCCCGCAGGGGCCGCCCCGGGCCCGAGCGCGGCGGGUCCGGCCCGGGGGAAGCCCAUAGGCUGCGGCCCGGCCCCCGGCAUGGCCGUGUUCGACACCCCCCAGGAGGCCUUCGGCGCCCUGCGGCCCGUCUGCGUGCAGCUGACCCGGGCGCAGACUCCGGAGAACGUGGCGCGGCUGCAGGCCCAGCUGGCGGCGGUGGGCGCGGCGGCGCUGCAGGAGCUGCAGGAGUACGUGCUGUUCCCGUUGCGCUUCGCGCUGCGGGCGCCGGGCCCGCGGCGGGAGCGGCUGGCGCAGAGCGCGGUGCGGUGCGUGUCCGCCGUGCUCGCCGCCACCCGCGUGCGGCGGCCCGAGCUGCUGCGGGAGCUGCUCUCCGAGCUCGGCACCUGCCUGCCGGCCCCGGGCGCCUCCGGUAAACCGGCCCCGCAGGCGGAGGAGCUCACGCUGGCUGUGAUCGAGGCGCUGCGCACCCUACUGCACUCAGCUCACGGGGAUGUCGUCCUGUCCCUGUACCAGCCCGCCACCCUUCCGCUCCUGGGAUUUGCUGUGUCUUCACUCCUGGGCCUGGCGGAGCACGAGAAAGCAAAGCAAAUUAAGAUCUGUGCUUUGAAGUGCUUACAGGUCCUAGUCCUGCAGUGUGACUGCCAGGAGCAUCGGUGCCUGGACGCAGACGAGGCGCAGCGAUGUGGGGACUUGUUUGCUUCCUUUCUGCCUGGGAUUUCCAUUACGCUGUCUCGGGUUAUUACUGGAGACCUCAAACAAGGUCACAAACCCACCGUUUCUGCCAUCAGACUCUUUUAUCUGAUUGUUGGCUUGGUGAUGGCUGAUGCACAGCUAGCCAGAGUCCCAAAGAAUAAAGAAAAGCUGCCAGUGGAACAAAGCAGAAUAUCAGAACUAAUGGUCCAUAGAGGGCCCGACUGGAGUAAAAGUACUGCUGAAAAACUCUUGCUCCUCCUGCGUAAAAUAGUUGAAUCCUCUUCAGUUCACCCUCACUGGAAAGUGAGGCUGGAGCUGGUGGAACUGGUCCAGCACUUGCUGCAGAACUGCAGUCGGUCACUGGUGGACUCAUUCAGUCACCUUUUAAAGGCCUUGGUUGGGCUGGUGAACGACGAAAACCCCGAAGUGCAAAGGCGGUGUCAGGAGGUUCUGCAGGGCAUGGCUGAGCAGGGGAUGGUCGCGCAGAACCGGGCUCUCGCUGACGUCCUCUCCGAGAACCUCCAUUCCCUCGCCACAGCCCUCCCACGCCUCAUCAACACUCAGGAUGACACAGGCAAAGUUUCCACUUUGAGCCUCUUACUGGGCUAUUUGAAGCUGCUGGGCCCCAAGAUUAACUUUGUCCUCAACUCCAUGUCCCACCUCCAGCGUCUGUCCAAAGCGCUAAUGCAGGUCCUGGAGCUGGACGUGACGGAUGUGAAGAUCGUGGAGGAGAGAGGCGGGGGCAGCGCCAGCCCGUGCGGGCCCGCGGGCUCCCUGGCACGCAGGUGGCAGAGGAAAUACUUCCGCUUCUUCACGGAGGAGAAGGUUUUCCAGCUCCUGCAGCAAGUUUGCCGUGUCCUGGGCUACUAUGGGAACCUCUAUUUGCUCGUGGAUCACUUCACAGCGCUGUACAGUGAGUCUGGCAUGUACCGAAAGCAGGCAGCCAUGGUGCUAAAUGAGCUGCUGGCCGGGGCUGCUGGCAUGGGCGUGGAUGUCCUUCGGGAGAGGGAAGUUUCACCGAAUGUGGAUGAUCUCAAAGGGUCCGUAACAUCCGUCCUUGAUGAGUACACAGACCAGGCAAACUGGUAUUUGGUCACCAGCAUUGAUGCAGAAGAAAUCAGCCACGAGCACUCUGUGCAGCAUUCGAAGCUCAGCGCCCGUCCCAGAGGCGCGUGCAGCAGCGUUCUCCUUCCGUCCCCAGAGCCUCCCGCAACGACCCGCACCAUGAACAGCAACAUCUGGCAGAUCUGCAUCCAGCUGGAAGGCAUCGGCUGCUUCGCCGCUGUCCUGGGGAGGGAGUUCCGCUUGCUUCUGCUGUCGACUCUCUACCCAGUGUUGGAGAAGGCCGGUGACAAGACUCUGCUCAUCAGCGAGACGGCGCUGGGGACACUGGCAGACAUAUGCGAGGCCUGUGGUUAUGACUCUGUGCAGAGUUUGAUAAAUGAGAAUUCGGACUAUCUGGUGAACGGGAUUUCCUUGAAUUUGCGCCAAUUGGUGCAUCAGCCACACGCUUCCCAGGUCCUGGACACGAUGUUGAGGCAUUCAGAUGCCAGCUUGCUGCCUCUCGUAGAAGAUGUUAUCCAAGAUGUCUUGGCUGCUCUAGACCAGUCCUACAAUCACCAGGCUCCCACUUUCCUCAGGGUCCUCCACUCAGUCAUGACAGCAUUAGUGCGGUGGUUUGGCUCAUCCUGCAGUGAGGAACUCCAGGCUGCUGAGGGCCAGAGCAGGACUCUGUCCCUGGGGCCGCAGGUGGUGACAGGGCAGGAGCUGCAGCAGUUCUUCCUCGACUACGUCAGACAGAAGCAGAUUGCGGAGGGCGAUCUUCCUGACACAGACGAGGAGGCAGAUGAGGUUCAGCCCUGUGCUAAGCUGGACCCAAAUGGCCCAGACACAGAAGGAGAAGCUCCCCUGCCGAGCCACGCUCAGCUGGCCAAGGACACGAUGGAGAGGUGCAUCCACCUGCUGUCUGAUGGGAACCUCCGUGUGCGGCUGCAGGCCCUGGACGUGCUGGAGCUCUGCGUGACUGUGCUGCAUCCUCACGGAAACCACCUGCUUCCCCUGGCUCACCGUGCCUGGCCAGCUCUUGUCACCCGGCUAAUUAGCGACGACCCUCUGGCGGUGCUCAGAGCCUUCAAGGUGCUGUGCACCCUGGCUCAGCGGUGCGGGGACUUCCUGAGGCAGAGGUUCUCCAGAGACGUGCUGCCCGCGCUGACCAGCUCCCUGCGCAGCCAGGCCCCGGCCAGCGCCCGCGCCGGGCCCAUCUACAGCCACACGCUCGCCUUCAAGCUGCAGCUGGCCGUGCUGCAGGGCCUGGGUGCUCUGUGCCAGCGGCUGGACAUGGGCGAGAGUGACCUGAAUAAAGUGGCAGAUGCCUGCCUGAUCUACCUCAGUGCCAAGCAGCCCAUGAAACUGCAAGAAGCUGCCCAGAGUGUUUUCCUCCACCUGAUGCACAUGGACCCCGACAGCACCUGGCUGCUGCUGAGCGAGAUCUGCUGCCCCGACAGGUACCGGCCCCCCCACGCCAGCCUGCAGCCGGUGCAGCUGCCGGGGAUGGGGCGGCAGCGGGACGAGUUCACCGACAAUAUACUGGGGCUGCUGGAGCAGCUGCAGCAGUGGGAGAGCGUGGAGCCAUGGGCUGGCGCCCACCAGGACCCUCCUCCCUGACAGAGGGGACAGAGCUCACUGGAGAAAAUCCCCAUAUCAGCCCGAUCGUUCUGGGGACAGGAGAAGGAUUGCCCGGGCUAGGGUGCUGCCUGAACACCUUACCCAUGGACAGAAGCUUAUUAUUUAUAAACUGUGUUUGAGGAUGAGGUGGGUACGUUGCACCGAUGCAGCAGCUGCCUCCAACAGACGCCCAUGGAGCUUUGUGCGGGUGAAGCACAGGGAUGGGUCUGGCCUGGAUAUUUGAAGGAAGCUCAAAAUCACAAAAACCAAAGCAAUAAAGUGAUUGUUACAUGGAA